AUGGAUGCUUUACGAGACGCCUUCGCCCAUAUCUCGGCCCGCGCCGUGAAGGACUGGCCAGCAGGUAACAAUGGGAAUACCAGCGAAACCAUUAUCGACAAGGUUCCCUUCAACGUCACCACCCUUAAAUACUUCAACUACACACUCUACAGUAACAACACCAUCUCCAAUGGCUCCAAAUGUUACCUAGCUUUCGACCCUUACACUCCAGCUUAUGUCUUUCCGAACGGCUCGUGGACCAAUGCUACUAAGUGCUACACUGCGAUCGAAAACAUCAAGACGCGUGGCUUUGUAGGCAUUGGCUUUGCAGUCGCUUUUGGAAUCGCUCUGGUUCUCAACCUGACUGUUCUGGCCAAGCACGGAAAGAUAUACACUCCUCGCGACUCUCGAUUCUAUCCUGUUGGUCGCCGAUGGCAAUGGUAUUGGGCUCUGUUCAGUUCCGCUGCUGCUCUCAUCAGUCUUUUCGUCGGCGUCGAUAUCGAUCGUUAUUAUCUUCAGGAAUUGCCCAUCACCGUCAACGUCUUCUUCUGGUAUCUCUUGUGCAUGGGUACUGUCGCCUUGACAUGGGAAGCUGUUCGCCAUUGGGGCUCAUGGCAGGAAAGGAAAUUCGUCGACCCCAAUCCAUUCAUUGUGAAAGACGAUGACCGCCGUGCCAAGGUCGAAUUUUGGCUACCGCUGUGGUUCUACCUCUGGCUGUGGCUGAACUUCUUCAUGGUUGUGCCGCGCAGUUGGAAGUUUACUCAACUACAGCAUUCGGAAGAGCAGACAUUGGCAAAGGCGGUCCCAGGUGCAACAAGCACUCGAUUCAAGGCUGGUGCUUUCUGCCUUGUUGUCGCAUGGCUCACCAUCGUCUUCUCUCUUCAUCACUCGAUCAAGCAUUACAAGCCUCGACACCGUGGUGUCUUCAACCGCGCCGUCGGCUUCCUUCGAUAUGUGCCUUUCCGUUUCUGGCUCAUCUUGCCAUUGUCAGCGGCUACCAUCGCAUACCAGGGCUUUAUCUCGUGGGAAUUUGACUACUCCAUCGUGAAGUACAAUGGCAAUAUCCCCGUCAUCUACUGUUGGGGUUUCCUGCCAUCCCUUUUGAUCCUCUUCAUCCAGUACUUCUACGGCCUCUUCACGCCAAACGAGGACAAGGAACUCGUCCGACUGAGACGUGAGCGUGGUGAGAUGCUUGACCGUGAACUCGGACUUGUUAACAAACCUGCCUGGUGGAAACGCGUUAGAGGCGACCACCUGCUCACUUUCAAAGACAAGCUCGUCCGCAACGUUAACGAGGUUGGCGGUGGACGCGGCACUGGUCGACGUGUCGAGGGUGAUGCGGAACGUGACCUACGUGAAGAGGCGUUGGCUGCGGCCAGAGACGACGAUGGAUUCGAGAUGGGCCACAUGCAUCGUCCCCUCGACGCUGCCAACAAUCCUCGUGUGGAUCGUGCUGGUGCUGCUUCCAUCUCGUCUAAUGCUUCGCGCCUGUCAUAUGUCCAACCCUACACUGGUAAGAACGACCGUCGUCGGCAUGAGCGUAACAUGCAAGCUGCCGCCAGCGUCCUCUUCCCCAACAACCUCGCCGAAGAGCGUGCGCGCCGUGAAGCACAACUCGGCCUCGACGGCCCGGCUCCUCCUCCUUAUACGGAUGGCCAGGGCCGUGGCCGAGCAACCGGACGACCCAGAUCUACCGGUCGUAGCAAUAGCACAGAGACGACCAACUCUAUCACGGCUCCUCCACAGCAGAUUAAGAGCAUGCUGGAUAUUUAG